AUGUCAGAAUACUUGGAUCCAUAUUCAAACAUGCAGAAAUACAAGGGUGGCGCCAACCAAUCAUCAUCGACGUCGCCAGUCACAAUCAACCACAACGUGCCCAACAUCAACAUCAGGCAAGACUCAGGAUCUCCAGUAAACGCCGAGUUUCUUAGUAGGUCAAUGGAUAUCAAGAAGCAAUUGUCCCAGUCCUUCCAAGGCACAGGCACCCAGGGAGGAGUCUCAAAGCCACACUCACGUCGAAACCUGACAUUCCAUGCAAAGCUGGAACCUGACGAUGAGAAUGACCCAGACGAGCAGGGAAACGAGAGAAAGCGCCGUGAUAACAUCAAUGAGCGGAUCCAGGAACUCUUGACAUUGAUUCCAGAGAAGUAUUUUCAGGACAACGGACAAGAUGGAACGGGAUAUGACGAGGGAAUGGCCAAGAAUACCGGCACUAAGGAUGGCAAACCUAACAAGGGCCAGGUAUUGUCUAAAUCUGUAGACUACAUCCAGACGCUUCAGAAUUUGAUUGAUGAGAAUAACAGAAAGGAGGUGGAGUUGCAGCUCAAGUUGAAGACAUUGCAAUUGAAGAAACAGGGAAAGGUCAACGUUCCGAUUCAGACGGGGACAACCAGUGCUGAGUUGGCUUUGGGAGAAAUAGGCGUGGGUCCACAUGCUGAGGAGUACUUUAAGCGUGUUCUCAUGGCAGCUAAUGACCGGAGGAAUUAG